GAAGGGCAGCGAGUGGACCCAGCCAGAAACUGGCUCUUCCAGUGUCCAGGUGGUUUCGGGGUCUCUGUCUCCCACCCCGCCCAUCCCGAGUCCCCCGGGUGCCCUCCUGCCCCUCCCGUCUCCCACCCAGGGACCCUUGUAGACUUGGCGCCCAGGGUCCCUGCCCCACAGGCGACCCCCCAGGACUCUGCAUCCUUCCUAAAGCUGCUGACACUGCGGGCUCCACCCUGCGCCCCAGGGUGCUGCCCCCAGCCCCGCCCUUGCUGGCUGCCCAGCUCAAGUGGGCAGGGCUGGCCGGGUAUAAAGUAGGAGCCUGCGCCGCUGGCAGCACGCAGAGCCCUUCCACUCUGCAGCCCAGCGCCUGAGGACCUUGCCCAGCCAGCGUUGCUCCAGCAACCAGCAGCCAACCGGCCAAUCAGCGCAGCGCCAGAGCCAUGGCCGGGAAGAAAGCCCUGGUGGUCCUGGCCCACUCCGAGAAGACAUCCUUCAACUACGCCAUGAAGGAGGCGGCUGUGGAGGCUCUGAAGGGGAAGGGCUGGGAGGUGGCCGAGUCGGACCUCUAUGCCAUGGACUUCAACCCCCUCAUCUCCAAGAAAGACAUCACAGGUAAACUGAAGGACCCCGAGAACUUCCAGUAUACCGUCGAGUCCGUCCUGGCGUAUAAGGAGGGCCGGCUCAGCCCGGACAUUGUGGCCGAACAGAAGAAGCUGGAAGCUGCUGACCUUGUGAUUUUUCAGUUCCCGCUGCAGUGGUUUGGAGCGCCCGCAAUCCUGAAAGGCUGGUUCGAGCGCGUGCUCAUCGGGGAGUUUGCCUACACGUACGCAGCCAUGUACGAAAAGGGACCCUUCCGGAACAAGAAGACGGUGCUCUCCAUCACCACGGGUGGCAGCGGCUCCAUGUACUCGCUCCAGGGCGUCCAUGGGGACAUGAACAUCAUUCUCUGGCCGAUUCAGAGCGGCAUCCUGCAUUUCUGUGGCUUCCAAGUCCUGGCACCGCAGCUGACCUACAGCAUCGGCCACACUCCCGCUGACGCCCGGAUCCAGAUCCUGGAAGGGUGGAAGAAACGCCUGGAGACCAUCUGGGACGAGCCCUCUCUCUAUUUUGCUCCAAGCAACCUCUUUGACCUGAACUUCCAGGCAGGGUUCUUAAUGAAAAAGGAGGUCCAGGAAGAGCAGAAAAACAAGAAAGUCGGCCUUUCCGUGGGCCACCACUUGGGCAAACCCAUCCCAACUGAUAACCAGAUCAAAGCCAGCAAAUAAGAUUCAAACAAUUUAAUUUCUUUUAAAAAAGAGCCUGGUCGGGGCUUCUCUAACCGGCGUCCUUGAUUUACUUUAAUUUUUAGAAUCGCUUCUCGGCCUUUUGGCUAAGAUCAAGUGUAGUACUUUAGUUUUUAGAGGUGCGAGUGACUCUCUUCCUACCAGGAAUGAGAGAACAGACUGUAUUCCUACAUGCUGGGAUAGUUUUAUUAUUAAACCUGAUUCUCAGAUCUUGGAAAAUCUGACUAGGCACAAGGGGCUACUGAAGAUGUUAGACAAUACAAAUACCCAUUGUAUUGUCUCUCCAGGUGGGCUGGAGAGACAAUACAAUGGGUAGGGCAUUUGCCUUGCACAGAGCCAUCCAAAAAAUAAAAAGUCGCUCCAAAAAAUAAAAAGAAGAUGUAAAACAGGAAAAAGUAGAAAGAUGCUAGGCAAUAUUCUUUAAUGUCUUCUACAGAAUUUGAUUCUUUUAGAAAGAAUUUUUGUAGGGAAAAAAAUCUGGUUUGACAGCAUUCAACUCAUUAUCUAUUUUUAAAUUACCUCUCUUAUGGCUUAUGGCAGCAGGGAAUUUGCUUAGAGAAAGAAAUGACUGAAGCUGUCUGACCUAAGGGACUUGUUGAGCAUUACUGAUCCAUAGUUGUUUAUGAGGUAUAAAUACAUUAUGCGAUAUUGGUUUAAUUGCUGCACAGUGACCGACAUUCCCAUUGUGAGUUACUCUCCCUUCAGCUUUUGUUGUUGGAUACAGUAUACCCAAGUACCUUGAAAUGAAAGCUAAUUAAAAAGUCUCUUAUUUAACUGUCUUCUAAAUGUCUGCAGAAAUAAACCAACAAAUCUCAAAACA